AUCAUUUCUUAGCUGUUCAGCUCUAUGUAAGUACGUAAAUGGGAAGUGGUAUAUUGCCUCGGCAUAAUAGCCUCCAUGUCCAAUAUCACACUGCCAUUAUCACUAUCAUUCCUCACCACCAUCGUUCAACGAUCACCUUGCCUUUGGUACCUAUUCUUAGACCUUGUCUUAAUGUCUAGCGUUGACACACUUGCCCGCUUGCCUUGACAUCAUAGACACCUGUCGGGCAAACAUACCCUCUAUCUACACUCGCGACUCAUUCUCGACAUGCCGAAAUCACGCUGGAGCGUUGCCAUCCCAGACUGCUCUCUGCCGACAUUUCUCUUCACAUCGCCAACUCAUCCAUUAGGUUCUCAACGGGCAUUCUCAGAAGCAGCCCGGCCAGACACACACUACCUCACGCGUGACCAGUUCCGACUCUGGGCACAGCGUUUUGCCCUAGGCCUCCACCGAUCGAAACACUUCAAUAAGGGCGACCGAAUCCUGUUGUUCAGCGGCAAUGACCUCUUCGUCCCCGUCGUCUUCAUGGGCGUGCUAUGCGCAGGCGGUAUCUUCACCGGCGCCAACCCGACGUUCGUCGCUCGAGAACUCGCCCAUCAAUUACGAGAUAGUGGCGCAACGUACCUUCUCUGCGCCGAUGGAUCCAUCGACACGGGCAUCGAAGCCGCCAAGCUAGCUGGCCUCGACGCGUCAGAACGUGUCUUCGUGUACAAUGCGAACAUCUACGACGGUCCUUCUGAGGGUCUUAAAGGCUGUCGGUACUGGAGUGAUCUUGUAGCCCCAGCCGAAGACGCCAAGUCAUUCCAAUGGGACGAUCUGACCGGGCCUGGGGAGUCCAACACGACCCUCGCCCUGAAUUACAGCUCCGGCACGACCGGUGUGCCCAAGGGCGUUGAAAUCACGCACAAGAACUACGUCUCCAACACGUUGCAGGUAGCGCACAUCUCGAAGCUACAGCCAGAUUAUGAGGAGCGAAACGCCCGGUCUUCGUGGCUGUGUUUCUUGCCAUUGUACCACGCCUACGGCCAGACGUAUUACGUCGCCAAUGGCUUUCACCGCGAGAUCCCCGUAUAUGUGAUGCCCAAAUUCGACUUUAUCCAGUUCUUGGAGUAUUCCCAAAAAUUUAGAAUCACUGAUUUCACGCUCGUCCCGCCUAUUGCCGUGUUGUUGGCCAAACACCCGGCCGUGGAGAAUUAUGAUCUGAGUGCAGUCGAGCGCAUCGGAUCCGGUGCCGCGCCGUUGGGGAGAGACGUCUCCGUACAAAUUGAGAAGCGUGUUGGCACGGGACUGAAUAUGAAGCAGGGGUGGGGAAUGACUGAGUGCACAUGCUCAUUACUAGGAUGGGACUUCGACGCCAUCUCGACAUCCGCUGCUGUGGGCGAACCCAACCCCAACUGCGAAGCCAAGAUCAUGAGCGAGGACGGCACCCAGGAAAUAAUGACCCGCGGACCCAGCAGUGUCGGCGAAUUAUGGUGUCGUGGCCCCAACGUGAUGAAAGGGUACUGGCGCAAUCCCAAAGCUACAGCCGAGACACUUACAUCCGACGGAUGGCUCAAGACAGGCGAUAUAGCGUACCUGGAUGAGCAGGGCAUGUUUUUCAUUGUGGAUCGUAAAAAGGAACUUAUCAAAGUCAAAGGUAAUCAGGUGGCGCCCGCGGAGUUGGAGGCGUUGUUGCUUGAGCACCCGGACAUCGCGGACGCCGCGGUGAUUGGUAUGCCGACUGAAGAUGGGGAUGAGAAGCCCCGUGCUUUCAUUGUCAGACAGGGUGGUGAGAGUGCGCAGAAGUUGACGGAGGAUGAGGUUAAGAGGUUUGUGGACGGGAAGGUUACGAGGUAUAAACGGUUGGCGGGUGGGGUGGAAUUUGUGGAUGUUAUUCCUAAGAAUCCUUCAGGCAAGAUUUUGAGGAGGCAGUUGAGGGAUGUGACGAGGGAGAGGAUGAGGGGGGAGGGUGCGAGGUUGUAG